AUGAUCUACAUUCUUCAAUCCUCAGGUGAGGUUACCUAUACUCCUCGUAUGCUGUGUGUUGAUCUUAAGAACGAUUUUUACCAAUUGCCAGAUGUAAAUAGAGGCUUAUAUGAUCUCAAUUGUAGCAAUUUAGAUGAAGAAAUAUUGAAUUCUUCAACUAAGGUUCAAACUAUUCAAGAAGAAAAAAUUCCUAGCAAUGAAUUUUUUUCAGACUUGAUCAAACAAGAACUACUUAUAGAUGAUGAUAUUGAGAAAAUAAAUAUAGCUGAGAAAGUAUACAAUUUAGAUAACGAUGUUAAAAUUUGGUCAGAUUUUUUAAAAGCUCGUUUUUAUCCAAGAACUAUUACAUCGAUUGAUGAGUAUAAACACAAUGAUUCAAGUAAUGUGUUUAAUAACUUUGCUCAAGGACUUGGAUUAUGGGAUUCAUAUAUAAUGAAAGAAACUUGGACUGAUAAUUUAAGAUUAUAUGCAGAAGAAUGUGAUUAUUUACAGACUAGUGGAGUAAAGGACUUAAUGAGAGCUAAUGCUGAUUAUUGGAGUCCACCCGACUUAUGGAAAAAUGAUAGGUUUGAAUACACCUAA